CGUAAACCUCAAUUGCCUUACACACACAUCUCACCAUGGUUGGAGCCAUGUUCCUCCCCGCCAUGUGGGCCGCCGUGAUCGCCGCCGCAACGCUGCUCGCCUGCGUCGGCGCAGAAGGCGAAAUCGGCGUGAACUGGGGAACAAUUGCAUCGCACCCAUUGGAGGCAAGCGUGGUGGUCAAAAUGCUGAAGGAUAACGGAAUAAAGAAAGUGAAGCUCUUCGAUUUGGACUCGGUGGCUCAUCUAUCAGCCUUGUCUGGCACCGGCAUCGAGACCAUCGUCGGCGUCCCUAAUUAUCGCCUUCAGAAAUUUGCAACUAACUACGACUACGUCAAAGAUUGGGUUAAACAAAAUAUUUCUGCUUACUUGCAUGAAGGGGGUGUUGAUAUCAAAUACAUCGCCGUCGGAAACGAGCCAUUCUUGGCGGCUUACAAAGGAGAUUACGUCAACAUCACAUUCCCGGCCAUGCAAAACGUGCAGAAAGCCUUGGAUGCGGCUGGCCAUGGCGACAAAGUCAAAGUCACUACACCGCUAAACGGCGACGUUUACCAAUCCUUCUCCAACCUACCUUCCGACGGCAAGUUCCGCGCCGACAUUUACGAUUCCAUGAAGCAAAUAGUUAAAUUUCUCGACGAACACAAAUCGCCUUUCAUGGUCAACAUCUACCCUUUCAUCAAUCUCUAUCAAAAUCCCGGCUUUCCGUUCAAUUACGCCUUCCUUGACAACGACGGCAAGGUCAAAGACAGCGUCGUCGACGACAAGGGCACCAUUUACUACAACGUCUUGGACGCACAUUACGACACGCUGACGUGGUCGCUGAAGGACAUGGGCGUAAACGACAUGAAAAUCAUCAUCGGAGAAGUCGGGUGGCCAACGGACGGGAAUAUAUACGCGAACGUGACGUUGGCGAAGAGAUUCUACAACGGGCUGUUCAAGAGAGUGGCGUCCAACAAAGGGACACCAAUGAGACCGAAUGAGAAAUACGAAAUUUACCUAUUUAGUUUUCUGGACGAGGACGUCAAAAGUGUUGACCCGGGGAAUUUUGAGCGGCAUUGGGGGAUUUUCCGAUAUGACGGGACCCCCAAGUUCGCGAUGGACUUUUCCGGAGAGGGUGUGGAGAAGAUGCCGGUGGCGGCGAAGGGGGUGGAGUAUAUGGAGCGUAAGUGGUGCGUUGUUGCAGAUAAUGUGACUGAUUUGGGUGGAGAUAUACAAAAAGAUGUGUCGUGGGCGUGCGAGCAUUCGGAUUGCACGAGCUUGGGGUAUGGGUGUUCAUGCAACAAAUUGGAUGCGCGAGGGAACGUUUCGUAUGUUUUUAAUAUGUAUUAUCAAAUGCAGAGCCAGAACCCGGAGGCGUGUGGUUUCGGAGGUGCAGCGGAGAUUGUGACGACGAAUACAACGGUUGGGGACUGCUUGUUUCCGAUAAUGAUUAAGAGCGAGGGCGACGCCAGUGCGGGCCCAAGCGGGAGCCCCGGCGCGAGCCCGAGCGACACGAGCAAGAGUGCUAGCGAGAGGUUGAGGAUCGCUGUAGCGGCAGCGCUGGUUGGGCUCGUGCUGUCGAGCCUACUUGCAUUCUAGUGUCAACAAUCUUGUUUAUUUAUUUAUACACAUUAUCGUCGUAUUUAUGGAUAAUUUUCUGACUAAUACGCUAAAUUACUAAUCAAAAUGUAGAGGUUGACCUAUUGGAAAAUUGAAAGAAAAAAAAAAGAUGAAA